AUCUAGUCCAACCCCAACACCAUGGGAUUAGCAAUUCCUUUCCUCCUUGUCCUGUUCUUCAUUGGCGGUCAACUCGAAGGCAGAGCAGCCCACGGUUCAGAGCUAGCGGACCUCAAGGCCCUUCUGGAGCUCCUGGAAGACAGACUUGAAUCCGGAGGAAAGGAGUCGGAACUCGGUCAAGGAUUGAACGACCCGAAUGACGAAACAGCCAGAGAUAUUUCCCAGGCUUCUGCCACCUGGGACAACGAAUAUGCAAGGCCUCAGGGCGAAGGCGCCUUUGGCCCCAGCAGCUGGGAGCAGCAGGCUGCAAGAGAGCCGCCGGCUGCAAGGAACAGACUGAGGGCACUUUUCAACUCUCCCCGCAGCCUGCAAAGGUCCUCAAACUGCUUCGGCCAGAGGCUGGACAGGAUAGGGACCUCAACCGGACUUGGCUGUAACAGGAACCGGAACUGAAGCUGACACAAACACCUGAACCGUCUCCAUCUUCUGUCUCUGGCGACAAUCAACUCCCCUGUUAAACCACUCCUGGCUAGUCCUAUCAAUGAAUGCACAACCUCCUUGGCAUGCGGACAAUUCACUGGCGUUUUCUCACUUUCACCUUGACUUAGUUCCCAGAGAUCAUGAGGACGGAAGGAGAUGGGAGUUCUACUUGUAAGCCCACUGCAAGCUCUCGGGUCUGGGUGGGAGAGGAAUCCGAUGUCCCCCCCUGCUUUGUAAAAUGAAUUGGCUUCAUUUCCUCAAACGCAUGUGAUCAAAAGUGGCAACUUGGACUCCCUUGCUCUGUUCAGGGAUAUAAAAUGGAUUCAGCACCAUGGAAAGAGACCACACUUUUCGCCUGGUCUCUCAAGCCCCGGAACUGCCUCGUUCCCACACAGGAUUCCCCACAACUUGGCAGUGGCUCUACAAAAGAUGUUGGGAUACCAAUUCCCACUAGCCAGCAUGGUCAAUGGUCAGGGCUAAUGGACACUGUGGCUCCACAACAUCUGAGAUCCUAAGGUUGAGAAAAGCUUGUAGGUGUGGAAACAUCUGAGACUUCCUUCCCCUUCCGUCACCUGCCAAACUGCUUUCUCUCC